GGUGGAGAGGCUCAGAAUAGCUCUGACAUGAACUGAUUCAAAUGCUCAGGCCCGUGUUGCAACUAAGGGGUCUAAUAACCGCAGAGUCAAGUGCGUCACGCUACAGCUUUACGGGAACACAUUGCCUUGUUUUAUGUACAUUUGGCACUUUAUAAGAGAGACAAGUGCGCGCAGGCACCAGAGGAAUCGUAUCAUUGAGCCAACUCAGACUCAGAAGCGAAUGUAAACAAUUCCGCUUUGAAUCUUUAAAGGAGUGUUUUGAAUUUAAGUUAUACUAUGGGACAGCAAGGAUCCAAAUCCCCCAUUGAAGCGCGGGUGAUUUUUCAGCGCGUUGGCACCGUGGACACGUAUCAGAGAAUCGACGAAUGUUGUGCUACAGCCUCAAUUGUCCGCAUUCAGAAAAAGGUAACCAGUCAGUCGGCGUGUCCAGACACUUCCCCCCUGGCAAUGGAGAAGUCAACAGCUCAUUCUUGGUCCCAGACCCGCGGUGACACCGGGGGACUGGUGUACGUGAUGGACAAUCCAACUGGGGGCGUGUGGGUGAAGCCGGGAGAGAAAUGGGCCAGAACCUGAUGCACAAAUGAAACAUCCAUUUGAAAUGCACACGAUUUCUUCGAUCGCAUAAAGUGAAACAGCCCUUGCUUGGAUGCACUGCCUCAAGCUCCGUUGUCGUCCGGCCAGGAUGCAUCUGAUUUUGGCUCCUGUGCUGAGGGGCACAUGCAGUGUGUGUGAAGUGACGGUGGAUUUAAAUCGUCUUAAGUGAGCUGGACCGAUCAAUGUAAUUUAUUGAUUUAGUCUACAUAAGAGACAUUCAUGUAUUCAGUGUCAGACUGCUCGAGAUUAUGAUGAAAGAAGGUGAAGAGUGCCAUGCGCACUGAGAUAACGUCCUUUCUUUUGAAACACAGAGUCAUUGUUUUGUUUCCAACACUACUUUGAGCUGUUUUACUUAGUAAGAAUGGAUCCAUUGUGGAAUAUAUACAAUGAGAAAAGGGGGUUUUGGUUGUGUCUGUACUGAAAGUUGGCUUCUUUUGUUAACACAUUGAUGGCAGCUGCUAUUUUAAUGACCUACAUAGUUUGUAAACACAGUGCCCUUCUGAUGGCUGACCAACCUUAAUGUAUUUGUUCUUCCUUUUUAUUUGGUUGUGCCAUCCUUUUGGAAUGUAACAUAUAUAUUACAUAUUAUAAAUAAAUAGUUUUGUUAAUAAAAUAUCUUAUAUUGAGUUUUAUAUGUAUAAUGAUGUUGGCAUGAAUGUCAUGGACUGGAGGUUGCUGACUCAACUUCAAAAUGUAAAAAGGUUGGCCAAGCUGUCAUAAACUGAAAGGUGUGACAGCAGCAAGUUCAAGGGAGUUUAAGAUAACUUCUGACGACUUUGAGAAGGUUUGGGGAAAUUGGGAGCUGGUCUGAGGGAUACAGAAACAUCCACUUGACAUUUAAGUGUUGUGGAUGCUAGGGUUAAACUAUGUGGAUGUUUGAAAUGUAUAUGAAGGAUGUAAUGAAUUAAGCUGCCAUAUUAUUUUCUUUAUUCCAUAAAGAAGACUGUUUCAAGUUCAGUAAGGAACUGCAUUUUUUUCUUUGCCAGGUGAGGUAUUGUGCCUUAUUAUGUUUGUCCCUGGUUUGUAACACUAAGGCAGCUGUUGUGUUAUUUAAGUGGGUAAAAUUCUUGAACUGUGUCAGAAUGUAAUAUCAGGCAAAUGAUUGAUGUGUGUGCAGUAAUGUAUCCAAAGCACUGUUCACCAUGGUCCUAUAAAAUCAAAACAAAUAACUAACUUGACCUUUAUUCUUUGUAAUUCGCUAAUGUUUUACCUGAAUGGGUCUUAUUCUCAUAAUAAUUUACAUUAAGGUCCUUUCUUUCAGAACAAGACAUAACAAUAAAACACUUUGAAGCAAGAAUAUUUCUGAUUUCAAUGUGCUUUUAGCAGAGGUGGAAGGAGUAAUCCUAUAUUGUACUCAAAUAAAAGCAGAUGUACCAGAGUGUAGGAAUACUCUGUUACAAGUAUAAAGUCCUGCAAUCAAAAUGUCACUCAAGUAUAAGAGUGUAUAAUAAUAUAAUAUUUGGCAUCAAAAUGUACUUAAGGUACCAAACGUAAAUGAUGCUUGGUCCAUUGCAGCAUAAUAUACAUUACAUGUUUUGAAUUAGCACUUCGACAUUGCAUAUAGAUACAAAAAGAUUGCAGAACUCUCAAACUGCAUAAAUAAAUAAGGGAUAGGCCUAUCUUCUGGUUGGUACAAACUUUGGCCCCGGUGUGGCACCUUAUCGGUGAGUUAUUGUCAGCAUGGAGCUAUAACUUAUCUAUAAAACUCUGGGCAACGCACUGAGCUAACACUACGUCAAAAGAGAACUGUAACUGCCCGUUUGAUUUUACUUGCUUUAUAUUUUACACCGCCAUGGGACUGCGAGGAUCGAAACAACCGGAAGCCCAAAUCCUCCUCCUGGGUCUGGACAAUGCUGGCAAAUCGACUCUCCUCUACAAACUGAAACACAACACGUGCGUCACCACAGUUCCCACCAUCGGCUUCAACGUGGAAAUGCUCGAGGCGAGAAAGAACGGAAAAAACCUCGCACUAACCGUGUGGGAUGUCGGUGGGCAGGGAAAGAUGCGCGAGCACUGGACCGGUUUCCAUCAGGACGCAUCAGCCGUCGUGUUUGUUGUGGACAGCUCGUGCGGGGAGCGCAUGGGGGAGGCUCGGAAGGAGCUGGAGAACACUCUGGGGAGCGAGCAGCUGCGGGGCCGUCCACUGGUCCUACUGGCCAACAAACAGGACGUGAACGGCUCUCUGACUGUCACUGAAAUCAAGGACACGUUUAACCUGAAGAAGAUUUGCUCAGGACGGGAUUGGUUCGUUCAGCCUUGUUCCGCGUCCACUGGAUUUGGAGUUGAAGAGGCCUUUAGACGAGUGGUCCAAAUGGUCAAAUAAAACAUGUAUUUAUAUGAAAUGUAUUAUUUUCCAAGCAUGGACAAUACGAUUAAUUGGUUUUAUGUACAGCAUCCUUGUCGGAAAAACAUAAUCUUGCUAGUUACAUUAGAGUGAGUGAAUCCAUUAGGCUACUUCAUAUGACACUAUAAUGGAUACCACAUGAAACACGAGAUACCAUAUGGUAUAUUACUGUGCAUUAGAACCACCACCGACUAGCACACACAUUGGAAGUUACUGUAUGAAUGGAUUUUACUGGUGCAGCAGAUCUUAUUUCAAUUAUGAAACGGAAUUAUGUCAUACAGCCAUGUCAUUUUGACAUACUAGGCCUACUGGGUUCAUCAAUAUCAACGAGAUAAGCAACAGACAAGUGCACGUGCAGUAACGUUUGAGUAAGGACACGCCUUAAUAAUGCAUAAUAAUGGGGAUUUUACAAUAAUCUACUAGUCUAUUAAGGUACAUUUUGAGUUGUGUGUGUGUAUAUGAAUCAAAGAUAAUUCUAAAAGAAAUAAAGAGCCAAGAAGACAAAA